UAUAAGUUCAAAACUUUCGUCCGUUGUUGUGAUUGUGAUGUGAAUCUAUUUUAUUGUUGGUUGGUUUAUUUUGUAUCUCAAGCUUGUGCUCAACUCAAGCUAAACGAUUAGUCGCUGUUGUGUAGGUAAUUGUUUGUUUUACAAGCCAUGGAUUAUUCAACAAUUAGUAACAAAACUGGUAUAACUGAAGUCGAAGACUUAACAAACGGCGAGUUAAGCGAACGGUAUUAUUUAUUGAAAAAACAGUUUGAGAAUUUAACCAGCAGCUAUGAGGCAACAAAACAAGAACUUUACAACGUCAGGCUGAGUUAUCAGACAGCCCUUGAUGUCCAGAGUCACCUAAACGCUGAGUUAGAGAGUUACCAAGUCGAUGAAGUAAAACGUAGAAAUGAGUUGAACAAUCGUAUAUCAUGUCUCCAGGAAGAGAUAACUACAUUGCGAGAAGAGAAAUCCGAAUUGAUUGAUAAACAAGCGAUUGAAGUUAAAAAGCUAGAGGAUGAGAUAAAAUAUUUGAAAGAGGAAAAAAUUAAUAACAAACGUGAGAGUCCAAUUCGUGAUACUAGUGAGUUAGAUGAUGCAAAAGCGGCUGUUGCAUUGGCUACGUCAGAAGCUGCUGCUGCAAAAGCGGCACUGGAUGAAGCACGAGCUGAAAUAAUGUCCUGGAAGAUAAGAACUGAGGAAUUGGUAACUGAAAUGGCUGAAAUACGCGCCGCAGCAGAUAUAAAGCGCGAAGAGCUUAAGGCGGCUGGUGAGAGGGAAGCGGUUGCACUGUCAGAUUUAGCAGAGGCAAGAGCUAUGCUGCAUCAAUUCACUUCUGAUAACCAGGACCUGCAGCCACAUGCUGCUAAAGGAAAUUCAAUAUUUGCUGAAGUUGAAGACAAGAGGCAAGAAAUGGCAAAGAAUUUAAUACAAAUGAAACAGACCAAUUCAAGGUUGAGACGAGAGCUGGCGAACAAACAGAAUGAACUGGAUGUGUUACUGAGAGAGAAGCAAACAAUUUGGGAGCAGCAGACUGGAGCUGCGGCACAUUAUGACAGGGAGUUGAUUGAAAGUUAUGAAGAAAGGAUAUCACAGCUGGAAGGUCUAUGUGAAAGGCAGAGACGUGAGUUAGCUCGUUGGUUCGGGAAGCUGUGCGAGCCCACUGCCAAUGGCUGGCUGCCUGGUGUACUGGAUCAUUUGAAGUCCGAAUGUGAGCAGUUAAGAGCUGAAGUAUUAUCUAAAGGCGCGGCUCAACUAGCGAGCGCAGCGCAAGUGAGGGAACUGAGAAGGAAACUAGCCGUUUUGACUGCAAACAACGCCAAACAGGCCAUCAGCUCACCUAUAAACGAAUCUAAAGAUGACAUUGGAAUUACGAAGGUAUCUGUGGAAAUCAAAAACAAAAACAAACCUACAGUUGAAGAUGUCAAGAAAAAAGUAUCAUUUAAUUAGUGAUGUAUGAAUUUAUUAUAAGGUUUAAAACGUGUAUAUAUUUACAGAAAUAACUGCUGGGUAAUAAAUUGUAAAUUAUCUAAAA